CUCUCUCUCUCUCGCUCACUUACUGUCUGACAGCGCACACAGCAGGCAGCGGAGACAGGCGUCAUCUGCCAUGCUGCUUCACUGGGGCUUGAUGCUCGUGUCUCUCUGCGGCUCUGUUGCUGGUGAUCUUUUUGAAGUGGAUAUAAAUAUGGCUGGUGUUAAAGGAUCAGUGAAAUUUGACUCUUCUACAAAAAUAGCCACUGUUAACUUGACAGGCACGUGUAACGUGGUGAACAUCUCCCUGAAUGAGUUUCCUGUAAUGUUUGGCCAUUAUGCUCAUCCCUGUCUGGAAAUGAACCUUGGCAAGAAAGUUUACAAAUUCAGCAGCCUUCAGAUUGACGAAACUAUUAAUGUAACAGAUCUAUUUCAUGUAUGGCCUAAUUUGGUGGAUUUAUCUUUGAUAGUGGAGCAAUCCUGCAAUAUAAGUGAAAGUCGAGCUUGUUCCGUUGUUCGUAAAAGUGGAAACGUGAAGACCUGGCAGGCCAAGUUCUAUUCUCCAGUGGCUGGAAAUGUGUAUAUUCGUCAAAAUGAAGGGGAAGAUCAGAUUCGUUUUUUGUCUGACUUGGUGGAUAUUACUAAAAUUGGAAGUCUAACAAAUGUUAGUGUUUAUAUGCAGAGUGGACCAUCAAGUUGUGAUUUGCUCAUUAGUUCACUCAACAAAUCUGCUCUGUUACCUCUUGGAAUAAUGAGAGUAGGCUCUAAUGGGCAAACAGAAAAAUCACGAAUAGAAGUGGCAAAUCUUACUGGUAUCAGAACCUUUGCUCUGCUUGGUACUGGAACAGUUUUUGCUUGUGCAGAAAUUAGGAAGUUGGAACCCAAAGAGGUCACAGCAGUCAUCAACAUGAAGGGUAUCAAAGGUACCAUCAUCUUUUCCCAGACUUCUCCAUUUGAGAGCACAGAACUGAAAGUGUCUUUGUCAAACCUGAGGAACAGUGUUGGACCUUAUCAUGUCCACCAAUUUCCUGUGCCUCCAAAGAAAUCAUCCAAUGAAGACAUCUGCAGCAAUGAUAAUGUGGGUGGUCACUGGAAUCCUUACAAUCUUGACACAAAGAGCUUUUCAUAUCCGACUGGUCCUGGAGCCACUCACGAUCGUUACGAGAUUGGAGACCUCAGUGGUAAGCAUGGUUCCUUGAAAGACAAAGACUGGUUCAGCUCUGUAUACAUUGACUGGAACUUGCCUCUGUUUGGAAGAAACAGUAUAGUGGGCCGAUCAGUAGUCAUCCACCUUCCAAAUGGCACAAGGCUUGCAUGUGGCUCUAUUGGCUAUCCAGGAGAGAUCAUAACAGCGGUGGCUCUUCUGAGGGGCCCUGUGAUUGGGACAGUCAUAUUUAGUCAGUUGAAGAGUAACCCUUACUCGGACAUGUCAAUUUUCAUGGAAGUCUCAACCUCAAAUGAUACUGCUUCCAAAGACCAUGGAUGGCAUGUUCAUGAGUAUCCAAUCAGCUCUGAAACGGACACUGAUUUGAGUGCAUGCCAAAGUACAAAAGGGCAUUACAAUCCAUUUAAAAUUGAAACCAGUGCCAACAGCAAUUAUUCUCUUUCUUGUCAACCCGACUGCCCUUUUGCAUGUGAGGUGGGUGACUUUUCCGGGAAGCAUUUUUUGCUCAAUCUAAGUACCCUUGCAGGAAAAGUGCAGAACAAAAAUUUUUUCACAGACACCACUUCCAGCCUAGCUGGAAUAACAUCCGUCCUUGGCCGGUCACUGAUAAUUCAUGGGGCAGAUAGGAAUCCGGACAGAAUUGCUUGUGCAAAUAUUACAAGUCUGCACCAAACAUCAGCAAGGACUGGAAACUGGUCUGGCGUUGGAUCGGCGAAUGGAAGAAUUAUAUUCACACAAAAUGUUUUCCUUCAGGCUACAAGUAUUAAUGUCUCACUAUCAAAUUUAAAAUCUUUAGCUGGUGGCUACCAUGUGCAUAUUUUGCCCUUAGGAAUCACUGGGCAGGGUGUAGACCCGUGUUCUGAUGAAAGAAUUAUGGGUCAUUUUAAUCCAUUUUCUGUUAACCAAUCCUUAUCACCCCCUCCAGCCAAUGGCACUAAUGACCAGUAUGAAAUUGGAGACCUGAGUGGAAAAUUUGGACAUUUAAAAAAUCUAAAUCAGCUCAGUGACAACUAUGUAGAUAAUAACUUGCCACUCUCUGGACUCAACAGUAUCAUAGGACGUUCUCUGGUUAUACAUUAUGCAGAUGGAAAAAGACUACAGUGUGCAGACAUCGUGCCUGACAAAGCCUCAGAUGGUGAAUGGGUGAGAGCGAAGGCAGUCUUUGGAAGCACAGUGAAGGGGACAAUAUCAAUGGUUCAGCAAAUAUUUUCAGAUGGAAGUUUCAGUGAUACGAUUAUAAAUGUGGACUUGCAAGGAACACCAGGAGUCACAGUCACAGAAGCGUUGUGGUAUAUUCAUAUCAAUCAGACGAAAGAAAACGACAAAAAGUGUACAGAAGUUGGGGAUCACUUUAAUCCUUACGGUUUACGCAUUGGGGGUGGAUAUUACAACAGUUGCUUCAGAGUUAACCCUCUAAAUUGUGAAGUGGGAGACCUGAAUUCAAAACAGGGACCUGUAAGUCUAGGAAUUCGGCAGUUGUAUACAGAUGCCAACCUUCCACUAGCUGGUGAUUUCACAGCUAUAUAUCGAUCAAUUGUCCUGUAUAGCAAAACGGGUGUUUUGGGCUGUGCGGCCAUCCUGCCAGAAUCUCCUGCAGCUGUUCUGACAUUUCCAACUAUCAAAUCUUUCAGCAGAUUUGAAUUCCGAAGUGCAGUUUCAAGUGUUCUUCAGAUUCCUCAGUGGAGAGUCACCAUCCUACCUGGGGCACCUUCUCUUGUCAACCAGGCUAAAUGCCAGCAGGUCAACUUCUUCAUAGCAGGAAAUAUCAAUGUAACAAGGCUGAGUAUGUUGAAAUAUGAAGAAAAACUGGGGAAAUUCAAACAGACCAAACUCUGUGCUGAGAGUUCUAGUGGUUUGGCAGCUUUCAGCCAGUUCAUGGAGAAUCAAGGAAAUAUACUCAUCCUAUUUAUUGUUGCAAUUCAGUUAUUCUUGUAAGGCCUUAUUGCAUCCAAUUCAACUUUUUUUGGCAAAGGACGAGGGCAAUGAUGAUAUUACGAAUAAACGUUGCUGAUAUACCUUUGAAUACAUAAUUGUAACAGGAAAGACACUUUGAGAGCAUGGUAUUUGGGAAGGUGUGACAUGUCCUGGACCUCGGUCUCACAAUACUAUUUUAUUAAAGACUACAUUCAGAGCAAUGUGUGAUUUAAAUAGCACAUUAACCUUUUCCAACAAAGUCAGACAUUCUUUAUAACAAUCUGAAAUCUGCUGAUGGAGCCACCCACUAUACUGUUAUAAAUUUUUAUUUUAUAUUUUUAUUCCAAUCCUCAUUGUAAUAUUUAAUUAUAUAGUUAUUCUGUGAUUUCUAAGGUAUGUAAACGCACAAGAGGCAAACAGCUGUAUGUAUGGAAACAAAUAUCAGCUUAAAUUAAAUGGACACAUUGAGAAAGAGUUUAUUUUGAGAAACCAGGAUGACAGAUCUUACAGAAUGCAUCUCCUUUACCGUAACAAGUGUGAAUCUUGCCCUUAGUUUACUACAACAUUCAAACAACACUACAGACUUUUGAAAUUUGUGUUUUAAAACCAUAGUACUGAUGCUUUACAUCUUGUUUACAGUUGCCUCAGAACACAGGUACACAAUACAGGUAACACUGUGUAUUUAUUGGAAGGCAUCUUUCAAUUAAACCUAGGAGUUGGGAUAUUUUUAGUGCCAUUAACAAGCGACACAUUACCUGAAACACUCCUGAGGGAGCACUGGGAGCUGACAGCAGUUACUGAGGUAACUCAUCCCAUUUCCCUGAUUGUCAAUUGUGUUACAGCUUAUUAAUUUGCUAACAGAAAGAAAUAGCAUGUCAAGGCCAAAAAAUAAAGAAAACAUAAAUUAGUAGUCAGUGAUGAGAUUAGUGCAACUAAUGAAGUGAAACACUGGACAUUUUCAUAAAGAACUGAUGCAAAAACACUUUAUAUACUGUACAUGAAAGUUUUUUUUGACUAAAGAUUGCCUAAAACUGCACUAUUUCACAAAAGGAAGAGAUAUCAGAAUCAACUACUGACUUUUAAAAUAGGAAGAAUAAAUUAAUGAAGGAAAGACCUUACUAGUACUCAAAUACCCAAGGAUUAGUGUAGGUUAGCUAAUUUAUUUCUGAAAUAGCUCAGAUUUAAGAUUUUACUGCAGUUAUAAUUUUGAUUUUAUGUAUUAAAAAAUGAUAAAAUAUUUUUAUUUCUUCCUGUGACUUACUAAAAUUUUGAAGUGUUUAGCUUAGUAAGAGAUUUGAUGAGAAUGACUCAUACAUGUAUUCAGAAUUUCAUCAUAAUGCUGAUUUUAGCAAUUUACUGAAAAUGAUUUUAUUAUAGAGGCUAUUUUUAGAGACUCCUUAAACCCUCAAUUGGGCUCCUAAGCAGAAGAGACUCUGAAGGAGAAGUAGAUGGCUAAUGCUCUUGAGAGAAUGCAACACUGACAACUAAGUAGUCGGACUCUCACAAGGGCAGUGGAUUGAAAGGAAAUAUGUUCCUUUAAGCGUUACUCUUCCAUUAAAGAAGAAACAGUUUCAAGAGAAAGUUGUGACAUAUCUCAAAAUAAUAUGGUUAAUGGCUGUUGGGUCCUAUUCUGUAUGCAGUUAAACAAAAAUUGUCUAUUGUGAAAUUAAUGUGUUUAAUUUCUGUGAUACUGCUUUGAUUCUCUUCUCUACUCUUUGUAAACAUAUAAUUAUUGAAAUUAGUUAAUUGUGAAAUAAAUGAUUAUAUGUGACUUGUA